AUGUACAAGGCGCCAUCUACCUCAUCGCUGAGAACAUUCCGCUCACAGUCACCAGGUCUCUGGUUCGAUUUACUGAAACUGAGAAAGUUGUCGACCUUUGCUGCUUCUGUCCACCUGGCAGACUGUUGCAGCCUGAUGAAAAAAGCUGGAAAACUUCAGCACCUGCUGGAAGAAACUCCAGCACUUGCUGAAAGAAACUCCAGCACCUGCUGGAAGAAACUCCAGCACCUGCUGGAAGAAACUCCAGCACUGCUGGAAGAAACUGCAGCACAUGCUGGAAGAAACUCCAGCACCUGCUGGAAGAAACUCCAGCACUGCUGGAAGAAACUGCAGCACCUGCUGGAAGAAACUCCAGCACCUGCUGGAAGGUGUUGCUGUUGUUACAGUAAUUAUUGUGUUGCAGUUCGUGCAGGGAGCGUGAUCUUCCUGGUUGGUGUGGGUUCCCUGGUGUGCUGGAAGUUAUGGGAACACUGGAGACACGGUGGUAGUGGGGAACCACCCACCACGCCCACACGUACACCCAAGCCCACACCACCAACACGGCGCCCACGGGGCAUCCUGGCAUCACUACUGGAGGAGGACCUUGUUCAGGAUCCUGACGAGUUUGACGAUGAAGAUCCUGCGUUCAUCCAGCUAUUGUUGGAUAUAAGUCGAGAAUACGCAACGAAGGUGAUUGUGGGCAAGUAUUUUGGCCCAGACAGCCCAUGUGAAGAGGUACCCUGUGAUGAGGGUUCCUUACUGAGCACUGAUGUGAGUGAAGCUAGCAACAGUGAAGCACUAGCCCAGCCUUAUCAUGCAGAUGCCAGUGCUUCUUAUUCUGCAGGAGAUGGGGGUUCAUCAUCUGGUGAGGAGAGUCUUCCCACUGAUGAGGACUCUGAUGCUCACCGUCAUGGCACUAACAAGAGAGUCAUCAAGAGGAAACACAGAGCCUCUGAAUUAUGCAAAAAUCAGGGCACUCCAUCGAGACAGAGCCUUGUUAAACCCACAGCAGUUCAGGCAGUUUCUCUCACCAGCUGUGGAGGCAAGCCAAAAACUGAAACCAGACAUGUUAGUAGCAAGCUGAGUAGUACUGCAGGUGUGGACCAUCCUCUUCAAAGUGAGUGGAUUUCUUCCGAGUCAUCUCUUGGUAAAGCAACGUGUCUUGUACCUGGACAGGUGCCUUCAAGAGGCCUCACCCGCCACCAAGGUGAUGGAUCAGAGACUCCGGACUCAGAGGAAAUGGUUGAGAGGAGAAAACGUCUGCAGAAUAUGACAUCGCGCAAGUCUGUUGAACAUGCUGAUGAAGGAGACUGGUUUGGUGAUAAUAGGGUUCAGCCUGAGGGAGAAGAGGAGCACCAACCAAGUUCAAACAUCUCCAGUGCAUCUCUUAGUGAUCUUAUGGAAAAAAUACGUCACAGAGGUCAUAGGGGAUCAAUAUCACGUGAUAAUUCUAUAGCUUCCAGUUUGUCUGAACUUGUCACCUCACCUGUUGGGUCCAAGCGAUUUUCCUUUAAACGAGAAGAUUCUGUUUGUUCUAAUUUGUCAGAUUUUGCUCUUUCUGAGUGCUCAGAGAUGUCCUUGGAAGUUUCUGUUAGAGAAGACUUGGCUUGCAAGACAUUCACUUGCUUGGAUGACAUUGAACAUGAACUAGAUGACCUUAAGUCCUCAAUGUUGGAAAUGGAUGAAGAAGUGACAAAAUUUACAUCUAGACCUAACCCAUAUACUUUCAAAACUACCUUCUCUGAUUGUUCCAUUACCUCAGGUGAUUCUCGUCCUAACUCAGCCAUGGAUUUAGUCAAUGCCCAUCGCUCAAGGGCAAGUUUCAAGGGACUUAUAGCAAGUAAACCCAACACAUCAUCUGAGUCAGAUGCUGUGGAAGCAUGUGGGGCCGAGACAACACAGCCUCUAAAUCAUGGAAUCUCAGGUUCUGAAGCUGAAGGCUCAUUUGAGUGGGAUUCUCCACAGCAUGGCUGGUCAAGCAUGCAUGCUCCUCCUCUCUCUCGACUGCCAGAACUUCCAUCUGAAGAUGCAGAGUCAUCUCGUGCAUCCAUGCAGGAUGAUACAAUGCCAUCACUGGAGUGGGAUAAUGGCUGCCUUCGCCAGUACGCUGAAGAAGCUUUAGCCUCACAUGAAAAUCCACUUGAUGAAGUCUUCCACCCUAAUUCUCAUGACAGCUUAGCAGAGCUCGGAGGCUUUGAGGAAUAUAAGGUAGCGUGUAGAAGUCACCAACUGCUGCCAGAUCACUCAUCUCUGGAGCUGGACUUGGAGGAGGAACUAAUGUCUUCCUCUGGGCUGCUGACUGAUGCACCUGAUCUCAACAAUGCCCCAAUGACCAUCUCCAUUGACUCAGCUAUCCACUCUGGCACUGGGUCACGUUCUACCUCUUCCAGCCCGCUUCCUACUGGCCUGGGUCAUUCUCUGCUCAGCUCUUCGGGCCUGGCUAGCAGCUCAGAAAUAUCCCCCGCAACCCCCGACUCCGACACCACCAGUUGGACUUGCUGGGAGCGUCGGGUUGGUCUUAGUGAGUUUGGUAACAAGGCCCGUCGCUACUGGAGCUCAGAGGAGAGUGGCUACAUAGAAGGGGUUGAGACGCCCCUCGACACCUCGUUACAUAUACAUCUUUCUCCUGUGCAUGAAAUCAAAGAAAAAGAGGUAUCAUCAGAAAGCAGCAGCUCCACUCCUCUACAUCGUGUUGACAACUGCAACCCUGCCAUCGCUAACCAAAACAUAAACAACAGUCAUACUAGUGACAACAACAUCAACAACAACCUCAUCAUGGGAAACAAGACAAGUACUGUCAACGAUAAUGACCCUUCUUACACCUCUGAGUUGACACCAACUCUGGACACCCACAUAGCUAUAGGACCAAAGAUGGAACUUACGAAAUAUGCUACAACAGAAUGGCAGGGCAACACCACAAAAGCACAAGUUAUUAAACAGGGCUACUCUGCUAUUCCUGCUGAACUUAGUUUUACUCAUCUGCGGAAAGUACGAGGUGACAACUACUGUGGUGUGCGUGCUGUCCUAUACCAGAUGCUCUCCCUUGGCAUUCCAUUGCCAAGCGGUCAUGUCACUCAUUCCCGCCUCGCAGAUGAACUCGGUCAGGGUUCAACGUGGCUGCGAGAGUGGUCGUUUGGGCAUCGCCUAAAUUUUAGAAAGGAACAAAUACUCAGUGGAUUUUGGGAAUGCUUGGAUACUUUAGAUAGCAUGGCGCUGAAUCUUACGGGCUGUGAGAACCGGGAAUGCGUCGUGUUGUCCCAGCUUAAUGGAGACUCGGAGUUGGAUGUGAAGCUGUGCGAGGCUGUCAAGUUGCACAUGCUUGCCUCAGCGCUCGACCUCUAUAUCAGCAACAACAACGGAGAUAAUGUGCCACUCUUUGCGAUGAUAAUGUUUGCCCGCCAUUCAUCACUCACACCAAAAGAUCUUGUGAGAAAUCAUUUGAAUCCAGUUGGUGAUACUGCUGGCUUAGAGCAGAUUGAGAUGUUUCUUAUGGGACAUACUCUGGGAGUCACACUGCAAGUUGUUCGUCCUGCAAGCUUUGGUAAAGAUGAUUUUAUAUGUUAUUAUCCUGAUGCUAACAUUGGCAUAUGGCCGGAAAUUAGUCUGGUUGCCGAGGAUGAUCGUCACUAUAAUGUUCUUGUCAAAUGAGUGGGGUAGUGAAUUCAUUUUCUUCUUGAAGACAAAUGCUGAGGAUGUAACGACUACAUUUCAACGUGAUUAUUUCUAUUUAGCUUAAUUACUGCCAUUUCAGAAUAGAUUCUCAAGGUCGUCACUAAUAAAUCCGAUACAGUAUUCUUAAAAUCUUUCUUCAUAAAUUGUGAAAUAGGGUAUUGGUAUAUAGAUUUAUGACAGCUAACUCAUGAAACUGCCAAUAAGACAUGCAGUUCUGUGUGUGACGUUAAUUUAUUGAAAGUUUUUGGGAGUUCUUUGUCUUUAUCUAUAAGCUGAGACAAGGGUGGACGUAUGUCAUAAAGUAGCACUGGCAUUAAGCAAACAGUCUGUUGAGAUUAUUCAUUGAAAACACAAAAAUUGUAGCAAUAAAAUGUUUUUUAAAUAAGCUUCACUUAGUGCUGGGUCCUCUCCGGUCAGACAGUGAUGUGGAAUCCAUAAGAAGAACCCUAUACUGUGUGAUUCGAGGGUGCAUGUAGAAUACAAUGUAUAUAAUGUUUAUUGUUAGCAGUUUAUUAGUUCCUAUAGCAUUCUGUGUAUAUAAUAAUUGUAUAUAACCUGUGAUUGUUGAGUCAAUGAUUUUAUCGUAGGACUUAAAAGUGGCAAAAAUACAUUAAUUUUAUCAAAAAAUCAUUGCUUGUAUUAUACGCUACAAAAUGUCUGUAUAAAAUACAUUACGCUCUGGAGAUCAUAUAUUUCUUGAAGUUUUAUUUAACGAUCUCCAGCUUUAAAUAAUAAUGACAAAACAAACCCCUAUUUCAUAGAAAGUUGAGAAGGAUUUGCUGAAGAAAGAAUUGUGUGAGUCCAUCGUGGGGAAAUGUCACAAGUAUGACCAUUCCAGACCCAGUCAUACACGAGGUACAUCAACUUUGGUUGCUGUAAAAUAGACUAUAACUCGUGCUUAUUUUCAAAGUCAUACAUUAGAGAUAAAACAGGAUUCUAAACAUAAUUCCUGAUUUCUGAAGUUUGUGAUACUCAACCAUACUUUUAAUAUGAAAAAAACCCAAUGUGUAUAUAUAUGAAUGAGUAAAAUUCAUUUGGGUUUGGUAACAUGCAUUUCAUGUAUGAACGUGUAGAUAUAGGUUUGUACUACAGCAGGUCACAGUAUUAAAUCUUGUUGUCUUGAAAGUUUUCAUAACAUUCUGCAUUACAUUGGUUUGCUGCUGCAUCUUGUGAAGCAUACCAAUGAAUUUUUAUUAAUUUUAUGCUGUGUGCAUCACUUAAGACAAACCUGUAUGUCCAUGCUCAUUUAACAGAGGAAGCAUUGAAGAAAAACCAUGUGAGUUAUGUGUUAGAACUGGGAAUGCCAGUUUUCUUAUCUGUAUCUUGAACAAGGAGCAGAUGCUUCAACUUAAGUGUCGGGGUAAAAAUAUUCAGCUCCUCAAAUUGUCAUCAUCUCCUAAUGGGUUUAUCCAAACAAAAACUCAACAUAGAUUUCAUGACUACCGUAGUUGCGAUAAACAUUUAAAAUACCAAAGAAAUGCAGUGGUGAUAGUAUGAAAGAUUUGUUUCGGGUACAGUACAGCAGUCGGAAAUCAUUGUAGUAUAGCAUGUAAUUCUAAUUUUAUCUGUAGAAUCUCAUUUUGCACUAAGUUAUAAAAAGAAAAUACAUAGAGUAAUGUGAUUAGGACCUGUAGACCCAUCUUUGCUAAUUUAUUGGUAUUAUUAAGGCUCACUGGCAUUCCUAAUGUGACACAAUAUUCUCUUGACUGUCGGGUCAUCUGCAUCCAGUUUUGUAGUGCAUUUUGCCUUUUAGACAGCAAAUUAUAUUUCUACAUUAUUCCCACAGAUAUUGUGUUUGGUUUUAAGGACUGUCUUUAUUUCAAGUAUAAUGUUUUCACAUGAUUAAGUUUUACAAGAAGCUGAAUGUAUGAGAGAUGCAGGUGUUGUAACAUGGAGUGUGGUACAUGUCUUGGUCAUUGGAUGCUGAUUUAUUUUUUCUACCAAAUUCUUUUUUUUUUUUUUUUUUUUUUUCCAACAAGUCGGCCGUCUCCCACGAAGGCAAGGUGACCCAAAAAGAAAGAAAAUCCCUAAAAAGAAAAUACUUUCAUCAUCAUUCAACACUUUCACCUCGCUCAUACAUAAUCACCGUCUGUGCAGAGGCGCUCAGACACAACAGUUUAGAAGUCCCUCCAAUCUGUCAAUAUCCCAGACCCCUCCUUUAAAGUGCAGGCAUUGUACUUCCCAUUUCCAGGACUCAGGUCUGGCUAAAUCUAUAAUAACCAGUUUCCCUGAAUCCCUUCACUAAAUAUUACCCUGCUCACACUCCAACAGCUUGUCAAGUCCCAAAAACCAUUUGUCUCCAUUCACUCCUAACACGCUUGCUGGAAGUCCAAGCCCCUCGCCCACAAAACCUCCUUUACCCCUUCAACUUUUUGAGGAUGGCCCCUACCCCUCCUUCCUUCCCCAACAGAUUUAUACGCUCUCCAAGUCAUUCUACUUUGAUCCAUUCUCUCUGAAUGACCAAACCACCUCAACCCCUCUUCAGCCCUCUGACUAAUACUUUUAGUAACUCCACACCUCCUAAUUUCUACACUCCAAAUUCUCUGCAUAAUAUUUACACCACACAUUGCCCUUUGACAGGACAUCUCCACUGCCUCCAGCCACCUCCUCGCUGCACAUUUACAACCAAAGCUUCAUGACUAUAUAAGAGUCUUGGUACCACUGUACUUUCAUACAUUCCCUUCUUUACCUCCAUAGAUAACGUUUUUUGUCUCCACAGAUACCUCAAUGCACCACUCACCUUUUUUUCUUCAUCAAUUCUGUGGUUAACCUCAUCCUUCAUAAACCCAUCUGCUGACAAGUCAACUCCCAAAUAUCUGAAAACAUUCACUUCUUCUAUACUCCCUCUCUCCAAUGUGAUAUCCAAUUUUUCUUUAUCUAAAUCAUUUGAUACCCUCAUCACCUUACUCUUGUCUAUGUUCACUUUCAACCUCCUACCUUUACACACCCCAAACUCACCCACUAACCUUUGCAAAUUUUCUUUAUAAUCUCCCAUAAGCACAGUAUCAUCAGCAAAAAAUAACUGUGUCAACUCCUAUUUUGUAUUUGAUUCCCCAUAAUUUAAUCCCACCCGUCUCCCGAACACCCUAGCAUUUACUUCUUUUACAACCCCAUCUAUAAAUAUAUUAAACAACCAUGGUGACAUUACACAUCCCUGUCUAAGACCUACUUUCAUGAGGAAGUGAUCUCCCUCUCUUCUAUACACCCUAACUUGAGCCUCACUAUCCUCAUAAAAACUCUUUAUAGCAUUUAGAAACUUACUACCUAUUCCAUACACUUGCAACAUCUACCACAUUUCUCCCCUAUCCACUCUAUCAUAUGCCUUUUCUAAUUCAUAAAUAAAUGAAAACUUCCCUACCUUUAUCUAAAUACUGUUCACAUAUAUGCUUCAAUGUAAACACUUGAUCUACACAUCCCCUAAAGCCUCCUUGCUCAUCUGCAGUCCUACUCCCUGUCUUACCUCUAAUUCUCUCAAUAAUAACCCUACUGUACACUAACUGGUAUACUCAGUAAACUUAUUCCCCUAUAAGUUUUACAAUCUCUUUUGUUCCCCUUCCCUUAAUAUAAAAGAACUAUACAUACUCUCUGCCAGUCCCUAGGUACCUUCCCCUCUUUCAUACAUUUAUUAAACAAAAAUACCAGCCACUCCAACACAGUAUUAUCCCCCCCUGCUUUAAACAUUUCUGUCAUGAUCCCGUCAGUUCCUGCUGCUUUACCCCCUUUCAUUCUACGUAAUGCCUCACGCACCUCCCCACACUCACAUCCUGCUCUUCACUCCUGAAAGAUGUUAUACCUCCCUGGCCAGUGCAUGAAAUUACUGCCUCCCUUUCAUCAACAUUUAAAAGUUCCUCAAAAUAUUCUCGCCAUCUACCCAAUACCUCCAGCUCCCCAUUUACUAACUCCCCUACUUUGUAACUGACAAAUACAUUCGUUCCCUAGCCUUUCUUAACUUGUUUAUCUCCAAAAAUUUUUUCUUAUUUUCAGCAAAAUUUCUUGCCAGUGCCUCGCCCACUCUCAUCUGCUCUCCUUUUGCACUCUCUCACCACACUCUUCACCUUUCUUUUACUCUCCAUAUACUCUACUCUUCUUACAACACUUCUUUGUAAAAACCUCUCAUAAGCUACCUUUUUCUCUUUUAUCACACCCCUUACUUCAUCAUUCCACCAAUCACUCCUCUUUCCUCCUGCACCUACCCUCCUAUAGCCAUAAACUUCUGCCCCACAUUCUAAUACUGCAUUUUUAAAACUAUCCCAACCCUCUUCAACUCCCCACUACUUGUUCUUACAUUAGCCCACCUUUCUGCCAAUAGUUGCUUAUAUCUCACCUUAACUUCCUCCUCUCUUAGUUUAUACAAUUUCACCUCUCUUACUUGCUGUUGCCAUUUUCCUUUUGUCCCAUCUACCUCUUACUCUAACUGUAGCUACAACUAAAUAAUGAUCCGAUAUAUCCGUUGUCCCUCUAUAAAGCCUACCCUGAAGCCUACCCCACCAACCUUUUAUCCACUAAUACAUAAUCUAACAAACUACUUUCAUUAUAUGCUGUAUCAUACCUUGUAUACUUAUUACCAAACCUCUUUCUACGCAUAGCUCAGUUAAAGGCUCCCCAUUUUCCUUUACCCCUGGCACCCCAAAUUUAUCAACUACUCCCUCCACAACAUUUUUACUCACUUUAGCAUUGAGAUCUCCUACCACAAGUACUCUCUCACUUGGUUCAAAACUCCCCAUGCACUUACUGAACAUUUCCCAAAAUCUCUCUCUUCUCUACACUUCCCUCUUCUCCAGGUGCAUAAAUGCUUACUAUAACCAACUUUUCACAUCCAACCCUUAUUAUACUCCACAUAAUCCUUGAAUUUAUACAUUUAUAUUCCCUCUUUUCCUGCCAUAACUUAUCCUUCAACAUUAUUGCUACUCCUCCUUUAGCUCUAUUUGAAACCCCUGACCUAAUCCCAUUUAUUUCUCCCCACUGAAACUCUCCUACCCCCUUCAGUUUUGUUUCACUUAAAGCCAGGACAUCCAGCUUCUUCUCAUUCAUAACAUCCACAAUCAUCUCUUUCUUAUCAUUCACACAACAUCCACGCACAUUCAAACAUCCCGCUUUAACAGUUUUCUUCUUUUUCUAUUUAGUAAGCUAUAUGGGAAAAGGGGUUACCAGCCCAUUGUUCCUGGCAAAUUAUAUUGGUCACAAAAUAGUUUAUGGUCUAUAUUUGAAUACAAAGCAGAUUUCUAGUCAUAUGUUGUGGACAGAGGCAGACUGGGUCUUAAAACCAGCUAGGGCAUCUGUCACCUAUCAGAUCGGCUGAGGGCCAGAGGCAUGUUUUCAUUACUCAGCUAAGUCAUGUUCAAUCUUUGUGCAGCAGCUGUGACUUCAGUUAAUCAUGACAUUUUUUCAGCCCCCCCCCCCCCCUUUUUUUUUUAACCCAGCCCAGUGGCCCACCGGGCAUUGACCAGAUGCCCCUAUGGCCAGUCUGCCUCUGGUCAUUGACCUGUAAUAAUGAAUUUUAUAAUUAUUAUAUAAGCCUUAUAAUACAGAUAUAUACAUAUUAGACCACAAACUAUGAAAACAAUAGGCAUUUAUAAAAAUCCACAGUUUUUCAGAGAUUCAGUGGACUUGUUGAACAGACCCCAGUUUGAAUCUUGGAAAAAACUUGUGGAUGUGAGACUAUAUAUUAUAAUACACAAGGGAUUUUCCUGUGAAUAAAUUUAAUGCAUUUAAAUAUAAUACAAGCAAUUACUGAGGCAGUAUUACAUCAGCUUAUAAGCACAGUACUUAAUAUUAUUUUGCUUCUUACCAUACAAAGGAUUUACUUUGUAUUUUGGUUUAAGAUGCUCUCUGGUUUUAUUGCACCUGCAUUUUUAAGCAUGAGCACAACUUUCACCAAUUUUUGAUAUGUUGACUUAAGUUCUUACUUUCCCUUUUGUGUGUGUUUGGAAAGCAUAGAAAUGUUUGAGUCACAAAACGUACUUGUUGAAGCAGUGUGCAGGUUAGUUCCAACAUUAGUUGCACAUCUUGUCAAACUUAAUUGAAAAUUUCUGAUGAUCUAUCAUGAAUUAGUGAUAAUUUGAGAAGAGCAUAAAUCAACAAUUAUUUUUUACUAUAAUAAUGCAAAUGCAAUAUAAAAAGUUGGAUAUUAUAACAGAAUAUAGAUGACCUGACUGAUGUGGAUGGAUUAUAUAUACAUUUCACAAUGAAACUCUUGGAAAACAUUGAUUCACAUUCUUACACUAGUCUUCAGAUACAUCUCAUUUAUGAUAUAUUUAUGCAAUGUAACUAUGAAUUAACAUUUAUAUGCAAUUUGUAUUUAUUGAUUUGACUAUGAAUGUAUUUUUUGAUACUUUCAUAUCAGUAGGUUUAUAUUUAAGUCAUGAUGUGUGGCAAGAUUGUCACUCCUGACAUUCUGAUUUCAUGUUAACAUAGUAGGAAAUAUACUGUAAUCCUUUUGGGUUAAGCAUUAAAAUGUUUAGAGAUAAAAAUGAUAUGUAUAUGUCAGAAUUUAUAAGAGUAGAUUUGUGUUAUAUUUGCUUGGUAAACUGAUAAUAAAAAAAAAAAAAUUCAUUGCCUCAACACGAAAUUCUACUUUUGUUGUACAGGUUGUUUGUGACUGACCAACAUACUAGUAGUUAAAGAUCAAUUUUAAGACUUGAGGUACCGUAUUUUCUGGCACAUGAGACACAAGUGUGGGCUGCUUGCCGGCACAACGUUUCCAAGCAGUUGUUAUGUAUUAUUAUUAUUACAAUCAAAAUUAAGUGCUAAACCACUGGGGGGUCAUACAGUGCUGCAAGUUAUGUAAUAUUAGUAAAUGACUGCUAAAGCAUAACCCAAAGCCUACCUUUGAUAGUGACCUUGAGCAUGUAAGGCACAGGAUGAUUUUCCAAGACUUUCUAAGGAAAAAAAAGCUCACCUUAUAUGCUGGAAAAUAUGGUAUUUGUUUGGUGUUGACCAGGUGUUAAUGACUCUGGGUAAGAAAAAGUAAUGUCAUAUAUUAUAUAAAGCUUUGUUUUGAUUUUACUUACAAGUGCACCUGAAAAAAAAUUUACCAUUUAUAAUAUAUUUUCAUAUAUGAGAUGAAAUUCUGAGUCUUAAAAUACUUGCUUAAUUCAAAGAUAAUUUUAAGUGAGGUCACUUUCUGUGUUAUUUGAUGCAGCUGUCAGGUAUAGGUUAGGUUAUGGUUCUGUACGGGGUUUUGCAGACCUAAAACAAAGCAAGUUUAUUUUCCAAA